CUGAAUUUUGUAAGCCUUUUACUGAUACGGCAACUACCUAAUGGUGGCAAAAACGAAUUAAAAAUUUUCAAUACAUAAUCAUUGGUAUUUUCUGGCUGCAAAUAUAAAUGUGCAAACGAGCCAAUAGAAUAUUGAUUAUAGUAAUACAAAUACAUCUAAUAUACACUCACUCAUUAUAGUAUUACUUUAAAUGAGUGGUGUCGAAGAUUUUACUUCACUAGAAGCUGGUACUGAUUACCAGCCACAAAAACGUUUGUUAUCUAAAUUCAUUAAAGGUGAAUAUCCUAUUCCAACCGAGGAAGAACGUCAGCCGUACCCAUUUCCCAAUGCAUCCUUCUUUAGUAAGGUCUUUUUCUGGUGGGUUACUCCAGUUUUAAAAGUUGGUUAUAGUCGUACUUUAAGACCGGCUGAUCUCUAUUAUCUUACUGAUGAUAUUAAAAUUGAAAAAUUAACUGCUGACUUCAAUCAGGUAUUGGAUUCCCAAUUGGCUUCUGCCCGAGCUCAACAUGAAGCAGACCCUGAAAAUCAAGAUAAACCAUUUGAAUGGCCAAAAUACACCAUUGCUAAAGCUGUAAUCGCUACUUUUAAAUCUGAUCUUAUCAAAGCCCUGGUAUUUGCAUCCCUUGCUAUUAUCUUUAUGUCUCUUACCCCACUUUUAAUGAAACAACUUAUCAAGUUUGUACAAGAAAUUAGUGCUGGCGUGCCGGGAGUUCAUAUCGGUCAAGGGAUUGGUUAUGCCUUUGGAUGUAGUUUUGCCUUGGCUGUAACUGGAUUUUUAUUCAAUCAUUAUUUUUAUUUUGGGUUAUUGGUUGGUGUUAAAACGAAAACUGUUCUUAUUACUUCGGUUUUGGAUAAAUCUUUCAAACUCUCUGCUAAAUCUAGAAAAAGAUUCACUCCAGGAAAGAUCACUUCCCUUAUGGGUACAGAUCUUUCAAGAAUUGAAAUGAGUAUGGUAUUUCAACCUUUGUUAUUCAUUCUCCCAAUCUCUUUGGGCAUUGGUAUUGCCAUUCUUUUGAUCAAUAUUGGGGUUAGUUCCUUGAUUGGUUUGGCUGUUUUCCUCUUCUUUCUUGUCAUCAUUGGUGCCGGAACCGGUCAAAUGUACAAGUACAGAGACCAUGUUACUAAAUUAACUGAUAACAGAGUUGGGAUCAUCAAGGAAGUUUUGUCCAACUUGAAAAUGAUCAAGUUUUAUUCUUGGGAAGUUCCAUAUUUGAACAAAAUCAUCACUGCAAGAAGUAAAGAAAUCUCAACUAUUCUUAGAAUUCAAGCCGUUAGAAAUAUUAUCACUUCUGUUGCAUUGAGUUUGACCGGAAUUACUGCCAUGGUUUCAUUUUUGGUUCUUUUUGCCUUAAACGGAAAGACAAAGGACCCUGCCAGUGUUUUCAGUUCGGUUUCGACUUUUGAGAUAUUGGCAAUUUGUGUAUUCAUGUUACCAAUGUGUUUAACAAGUCUUGUAGAUCUCCUUAAUGCUUUCAAAAGAACUGAGAAAUUACUUUGUGCUGAAGAAGAAACUGAAAAUCCAAGAUUUAUAAAUAUUGAUACUUCUGGUCCAUUAGCUAUUGACAUUAAAAAUGCAACUUUCAUCUGGGAUACUGUUGGUAUUGAGGAAGAACCAGAUGAAGCUGACUUAAAGAAAAAGAAAAAGGAAGAAGCAAAGAAAUUGAAGGAAUUGAAAAAAUUAGCAAAGAAAAAUGGAACUAAAGUGGAAGACGAAAAGGUUGAAGAAAAGGCUACUAAGAAGUCUGGUACAGCUACUCCAGAUUCUAGUACAUUUCAAGGACUCUCAAAUAUUGAUCUCUCAGUUGCAAAGGGUGAAUUUGUUGUUAUUACUGGACUCAUUGGUUCAGGUAAAUCUUCGCUUCUUCAAGCUAUCUCUGGUACCAUGUUCUUAGAAUCAGGAUCUACCACAUUAGAUGGAUCAUACUUGAUGUGCGGUGAACCUUGGGUUCAAAAUGAAACCAUUAAGGAGAAUAUUUUGUUUGGAUCUGAAUAUCUGCAAAAAAAAUAUGAUGAAGUCAUAUACAGUUGUUCUCUUCAACAAGAUUUAGAAAUGUUGGAAGCUGGUGAUUAUACUGAAGUUGGGGAAAGAGGUAUCACUCUUUCUGGUGGACAGAAGGCAAGAAUUAAUUUGGCCAGAGCUGUUUAUUCCGAUUCGGAUAUCAUUUUACUUGAUGAUGUCUUAAGUGCGGUAGAUGCACGUGUCGGUAGACAUAUCAUGGCCAACUGUAUCUUGGGAUAUUUGAAAAAUAAGACCAGAAUUUUAGCCACACAUCAAUUAUCUUUAAUUCAGUAUGCUAAUAGAGUUGUUUAUGUCAAUGGGGAUGGUUCUAUUGAUGUUGGUACUGUUGAUGAAUUAAAAGAAAGAAACCCAGGUUUCCAAUCUUUGAUGAGUUACAAUAGUGUUGCUAUUUUAGAUGAAGAAGAUGAAGUUGAUGAUGCCGAUAUUGUUGAUCCUACUUUGGCUGAUAAAAUGGACGCCGUUGUUAAGACAUCCAGUGAAUCUGAUGAAUCUUUCAUUGAUCUUGAAAAGAAGGAUAUAUCUAAGGGGAAAAUGGUUACUGAAGAAGAGCGUGCAGUAAAUCGGAUGUCUCUUGAUGUAUACAUUCAAUACAUUCGUCAAGGUACAGCAAAAUUGUCAUUCCCUGGGUUCAUUAUAGUCUUCUGCCUCAGUGUGGCUUUGGGAACUUUCUGUGAUUUGUUUACAAAUACUUGGUUAUCCUUCUGGAUUUCUCAUAAGUUCCCUGGUAAAAGUGAUGGCUUUUACAUGGGAAUAUAUGCCAUGUUAACUUUCUGUACUGUGAUCUUUGUGACACUUGAAUUUUUUGUUUUGGUUACUGUUACUACAUCAUCCCUGAAAAACUUGAAUUUAAUGGCAGUUAAAAGGUUACUUCAUGCUCCAAUGUCGUUCCUUGAUGUCACCCCAACUGGUAGAAUUCUUAAUCGUUUCACAAAGGAUACCGAUGCCUUGGAUAACGAAAUUAAUGAACAAUUGAGAAUGAUGUUCUUUUCUUGUGGGAAAAUUAUUGGUAUAUUAGUGUUAUGUAUCAUUUACGUUCCAUGGGUUGCCAUUGCUGUUCCUCCACUUGCAUUCAUCUUCGUUUGUUUGGCUGAUUACUUCCAAUCUAGUACCAGAGAAAUUAAGCGUUUAGAAGCAGUUCAAAGAUCAUUUGUCUAUAAUAACUUUGCUGAGGCUCUUAAUGGUAUGACUACCAUCAAAGCAUACUAUUCUAAAUAUAGAUUCAUGGAUAAGAACUAUACCAGUAUUGAUAACAUGAAUGAAGCCACUAUACUCGUGUUUGCUAACCAACGUUGGCUUGCACUUAUGUUAGAAUUGAUGUUGUUUUUCUUCUCUCUUUUGGUUUCACUUUGUUGCGUGUUCCGUGUUUUCAAGAUUAAUGCUGCUUCUGCUGGUUUAAUUGUCAGUUAUGCGUUCAAUAUGGCUAAUGAAUUAUCUCAAUUCAUUAGAAUUGCCACUCAAGUGGAAAAUGAUAUGAACUCUGCUGAAAGAAUUUGUCAAUAUGCUUUCCAUAUGGAACAAGAGGCUGAUUUUUCUAUCCAAAACACUUGCCCUGACUCUUCUUGGCCACAACAUGGUGGAAUUACAUUUGAUAGAGUAAAUUUGAAAUAUAGAAAGGGAUUACCAAAUGUGUUGAAUAAUUUAACUUUUAAUGUUUCUCCAGGUGAGAAAAUUGGUAUUUGUGGUAGAACUGGUGCUGGUAAAUCUAGUAUAAUGACUGCGUUAUUUAGAUUGGCAGAAUUAGAUAGUGGGAAAAUUAGUAUUGAUGGGGUAGAUAUUAGUGAACUUGGACUUCAUGAUCUUCGUUCCAAACUUUCCAUUAUUCCACAAGAUCCUGUCUUGUUUAAUGGGACAAUUAGAAAGAAUUUGGACCCAUUUAAUGAAUAUCCAGAUGAUGAAAUCUGGAAGGUUUUGCUCCGUGCUGGUGUUCUCAAUGAGGAACAAUUAGCCGAAGCAAGACUUCAAACUUCAGGUGUUGCAGGCAAUGACAUUCAUAAAUUUCACCUUGAUCAAACAGUUGAAGAACAGGGUAGCAACUUCUCUCUUGGAGAAAGACAGUUAAUUUCAUUUGCUAGAGCUUUAUUACGAAACACCAAGAUUUUAGUUCUUGAUGAAGCUACCUCAUCUGUUGAUUAUGAUACUGAUGCUAAGAUUCAACAAACCAUUGUACGAGAAUUCAGUGACUGCACUAUCCUUUGUAUUGCUCACAGAUUGAAAACUAUCAUAAAUUAUGAUAAAAUUCUCACCCUUGAUAAGGGUAGUUUGGCUGAGUUUGACUCUCCAUGGAAUUUGUACAAUCAAAGAGGAAUCUUCUAUCAAAUUUGUGAAAAGGCAAGCAUUGAAGAGAGUGACUUUUUAAGAAAGUAAAGGAGCUGUAAAUUGCUUCAAAAAUAAAUAAAAAAAUAUAGAUUAAUAUGCCAUACUUUUAAUA